UACUUAUUUAUUCUUGCCUGCUUCACCGUCGGUUUGAUUUAGCAUACCUUGUUAGAAAUAAAGAAAGAUCAAGUAGCUCAACUGAAGAGGCUACCUAACUCUCAUUUGACUGAAAAUGUCUAAACUAGAUUUGUUGCGUGUGUUUUUAAAUGAGCGCUUAACUGCGGCUGCGGCGGAGAUUUUCGGGGCCGUUGAGAAAACGGUAGUGGAGUAUCAGGAGGAGAAUCAUCGGCUUCGUGGACUGCUGCGGAUUACACCGGGGAUAAAACUAUGCAAAAGAGACUCCCUGCAGCUCUCUCUCGCUGUCUCUGAAGAGGAGGUUCCCUCUGAGCAGCAGCACUGUGAGCAUGAGUGGAGCCCCAGUCUGGGGCAGGAGGACCCUGAGCCCACACAGAUUAAAGAGGAACAGGAGGAAGUCAGGACCAGUCAGAGGGAAGAGCAGCUUCAAGGGCUGGAGGCUGAUAUCAUAGAGUUCCAAUUCACUCCUUCCUGUGUGAAAAGUGAAUGUGAUCAGGAGGACCCACUUUGGUCCUUGACCCUUCCCCAAACCCAGACUGUGGAGAACAGAGAGAGUGAUCCUAAACAUUUUGGCACUGUGACCCACCUAAAGGGUUUUGAUAUUCCCUGUGACCCUCCAGAUAAUCAAAGCAAUGCGUCCAGCCACAGCUCAGCCAAAAGCAGCGACCCACUAGGACAUGACAGCAGCCAACCAUUGGAUCCGAACCUACCAAUGGGGGAACAUUGUUCCAAACCCAGCACCAUAUCUAUAAAAGCUUACCGCUGCCGGGACUGUGGCAAAACGUUUCCUCUGAAAGCGGGCCUGCAGAGGCAUGUGAAUCUCGACAAGAAGAGACUCAGUGAAUGCCACUUCUGCAAAAAACAGUACAACUCCACCUGUAAACUGAAGGCCCAUGCCCGACUAUGUCACGGCGGGAAACCCAGCACCUGCCCCUUCUGUGGCAAGACCUUCAAACACAAAGGACAUCUGUCUAGGCACAUGAGUAUUCACACAGGAGAGAAACCAUUUAGCUGUGGUGACUGUGGGAAAAGCUUCAAUCAGAAGGGGGGCCUAGGAAGACAUAUACUGACUCACACAGGAGAGAAACCUUUUAGCUGUCAUUUUUGCUGUAAAAGCUUCAGGCAGAAGAGGGAUCUAAGGAGGCAUAUACUGAUUCACACAGGAGAGAAACCAUAUUGCUGUGGCGACUGCGGUAAAGGCUUCAUUCGCAAGGAGCACCUAACUGCACAUAUGCGGACUCACACAGGAGAGUAGAGAUUUAUCUGUGGUGACUGCGGGAAAAGCUUAAAUUGUAAGGAGAAGCUGAGAAUUCAUAUAUGGACUCUCACAGGGGAGAAAUCAUUUAUCUGUGAUGACUGCUAGAAUUGUUUAAUUACGAAGACUAAGUGCUCUAUUCAAUCAGUAUUUUGGAAGUUCAGCGUGAUUGCCAUUACAUUUCAAUGUUGCUGAGUUAGCGGAGACUGUAUUCACGAUAAACACUGCAUACUCAAUCAGAAUUUACCUUAACAUUUCUAUUGUGCAAUCUGUAACGCUUCAGCGAUAUAGAGCCCUAACCUAACAUAUUUACGGACUCACACGGGAGAAAUCAUUUAGCUGUGGUGACCGCGGGGAAAGCCUCAAUAAGAAGGGGGACCUAACCAGGCAUAUACUGACACACUGGAGAGAUAUCACAUGGCUGCCCAGUUUGUGGUAAAAGAGUCACUCAGAAGGUAAACCUACUGAAGCAUGGAAAAAGAACAUACAACAAGACAACAAGAACAAGAUAAACUGAAAGAAGGAAGAAAAUGGACUUAGAUGUUCUGUCAGAAGAUGGGAAUAAAAAUCAACUGUGGAUCAUUCAUGCUGUGUAUUUUAGAGAGAUAGAUACAUUAUGGAUUUACUUUUGUAAAAUGUUCUAUGUACAUAAAGUUUGAUAGGAUUUAAAUGAUUAAGAAAUGAACCAGGAGUAGUGCAUUUAUUAUGGGAAUCUCACCGAUCUACUGUUCUGUUGAUGUUUUCACCUUAUUAGAAACCGGAAGAUCUGGAUGGGAAAAAUAUACACUGCUCAAAGAAAUAAAGGGAACACUAAAAUAACACAUCCUAGAUCUGAAUGA